AUGGACAUUCAUCGCUCGCGCUUCGUACCUUACCCGGCGUCCGCCAUCAACGCCCUUGCCUUUUCCUACUCGGACUCAAAAGACACCAGCAAAGGCGCCGGUAACGUCAGGCUCGCGAUUGGCCGUGCGAACGGCAACAUUGAAGUUUGGAACCCCGGCAAGGACGGAGAAUGGAUUCACGAGAUCACACUUAGCGGCGGCAAGGAUCGCAGCGUCGAGGGGCUGGCAUGGAUACAAGAGCCGGAUGAGGAGGACGAAGGGUUCACCUCCGUUGGUCGCUUGCGCUUGUUCAGCAUUGGCUAUUCAAGCACCGUAACGGAGUGGGACCUGGUCACCGGGCUGCCUCUGCGCCACUCGAGCGGCAACCACAGUGAAGUCUGGUGCCUUGCAGCGCAACCUCGAUGGAAGGCUGGACAGAAGGCCGCGAAGGAGGGCGAGUUUCGUGGACAGAACUUGGUUGCUGGAUGUGCUGACGGCACGCUCGCCGUCCUGUCAACCGACGAGAACGACCUGAGAUUCUCCCGCUUCCUCUCACGGCCGACGGCGAAGAAGGCGCGAGUCCUCAGCGUCACUUAUCAGAAUCGUGAUAUUGUGGUUGCGGGCUUCGCCGACAGUGCGGUCAGAGUUUUCGAUUCAAGGAACGGCCAGCUGUUGCGGAACAUCACUCUCGGUGGGCCAUCCACUGCAGGACCGAAGGAAACCCUGGUUUGGGCUGUGAAAUGCUUGCCCAAUGGAGAUAUUGUUUCUGGCGAUUCUACCGGAGAGGUGCGGUUCUACGACGGCAAGAAUUACUCGCUUCUGCAGAGAAUUUCCUCGCACAAGGCCGAUGUCUUGGACCUUGCAGUCAGCAGGGAUGGGAAGACUGUCUUCAGCGGUGGCAUGGAUCAGCGUACCACCGUGUACACCGCGUCUGGUCCGGAAAAGCGAUGGGUUGAGAGCGGCCACCGGAGAUUCCAUGAUCACGACGUGAAGACCAUGGCAACGUACGAGAGCAAAGGCUUGAGCGUUUUGGUUUCUGGAGGUCUCGACACUCACCCCAUCCUUAUCCCGAUUCGCUCCUUCAGCACCGAGCACUCUCGCAAACUGCCCGCCCUUCCUCAAAGCCCCCCGGUUACGAGUGCACCCCGUGCGCGCCUCCUGGUCAGCUGGUGGGAUCGCGAGGUACGAAUCUGGCGGGUCAAGAAGCGUGACACCAGCGGUGAGCUGCCCAAGCUGGUAGCUCGCUUGGCAUUGAAGGGUGAUGAAAACAUCACGUCUGCAACGAUUUCGGAGGAUGGCAGCAUUCUGGCCAUUUCGACCGUUGCAGAAAUUAAGGUUUUUCACCUGUCGUUGCGCAAGGGCGAGACUGACAGGAGCCUCCGCGUGAGGAAACUGGACAGCCCUCCGCUGCCCCAGGAGGGUGGCGCGCGGUUGGUGCAACUGAGCCCGAACGGCAGGUGGCUGGCAAUCAUCACGCACGAAAACGAAAUCUUCUUGGCCCGCCUGACGAACGAGGAGGAGGAGCCCGGCAAGUGGAGAAUCGUCCCUCGCGUCGUGGAGCUCCACCGGUUACACAGAAAACUGGAGUACCAAAAUUCACUCAACGGUUACUGGGGCAGCUACGACAGAAUCAUCACCCGUGUUGCACUAUCCAACGAGGUGCUCGUCGUCAGCGACCUUGCAGGGUACCUUGACAGCUGGGUUGUUGAAGGAAACGAGGACAUCACGGCGCCUGAAGUCGACUUGCCCGAAAAGGAAAGGCCUUCAAAAGAUGCAUCGUCUGACGAUGAUGAUGACGACGACGACGACGAGGAUGAGAGCCGUCCAGUCAUCUUUUUCGGCCAACACUGGGUGCGCAACCCUGCCGGUCAUCUCCUACCGAAACUCGAGUCCUCAGCACUAGUGCUGUCUUUCCGACCAACGAAGGAUUCGGAAACCCAGCCUAACGGCAACCCCGCCGUGCAUCCGACGAGGCAAAACCCACACCCUCACUCGCACACGCUGCCAGGCGGCGAGCACCGGCUGCUUGCAGUCACUGCUUACCAUCAGGUUUACGAAUUCGACAUCCUCAAUGGCAAGAUGACGGAUUGGUCCAGGCGGAAUCCCACGUCCGACUUCCCUGCAGAGUUCAGGGGCCAGCGAGACAGGGCGAUGGGUUGCUUGUGGGACAUCAAUGACACGCGAGAGCGGUUGUGGUUGUACGGCAGCAACUGGUUGUUCAUGUUCGACCUCGCAACCGAUUUCUCGGACGGAUCAUCAGCCUCCGAGGGUGUCACAAACGGCGCGGAGACCCCGCUGAAGAAGCGGAAGCGAGGACCGGAGGACGACGCGCUCAGGAAGCACACUAGCGGCGCAGGCAGCAAGAUGGCGGCACGGGAGAUUGAGGGAGCGGGGCGGAAGUACCGCAAGAUCACGGGGGCCGACGCGGCCUCCUGGGUCGAGCUGCAGCAAGGGCAAGAAGCGUCAGAGGACGACGAGGCUGACGCCGUAGAGGCUCAGUACGAGCGCUCGAACGCUCUCGCGACUCUGCGGCGGGGCGCCUCCGAGGGCGGUGACCAAACCAAUGACGAGGCGGACGAGGCCCAGUCAGCCUUGCAGCGCAAGAGCCACUGGCACACUUUCAAGUACCGGCCGGUGCUGGGUUUGGUCCCCAUCAGCCACGACGGCGGUGAGGGUGCUGCGGCCAAGAGCGGGAAGGCGAAGUCGGACACAGCCGCUCCGCUGGAAGUGGUGCUGGUGGAGAGGCCAACAUGGGAUCUGGACUUGCCGCCGAAGUUUGUUGGCGUGCACGAUAGAUAG